AUGGGAAAAAAGAAAGAAAUAAACAUAUUACUUCUCGGUGAGACCGGUGUAGGAAAAUCUACAUUUAUAAAUGCCUUCAUCAACUAUCUCAAAUUUGAUACUUUAGAAGACGCAAAAUCUGGGGAACUGGAGUGUCUAAUCUCAUCUAAAUUCUCAAUUAUGGAUGAUAACUUUAAGACGAGACAAAUAAAAAUUGGUGAUGAUGAUCCAAACGAACAACUAGAUACUGUAGGAACGUCAGCCACUCAAGGAUGUAAAAGUUAUUUGUUUCAAGUCGAGCACAACGUGCACAUAAGAUUGAUCGAUACUCCUGGAAUAGGAGACACAAGAGGAAUAGAUCAAGACAAGAAAAAUUUUGAAAACAUCUUAAAAUAUCUUGGUCAUCACAAAUAUCUUAACGGAAUUUGUAUUCUCCUUAAGCCCAACCAAUCAAGAUUGAAUGUAAUAUUUAAAUUUUGCAUACACGAGUUGUUAUCACAUAUUCACAAGAACGCAAAGGACAAUAUUGUCUUUUGUUUUACCAAUGCUAGAGGAACAUUCUAUCGCCCAGGGGAUACAUUACCAGCACUACAAUCACAACUAAAUGAGCUCAAGGAAAGAUCUGGUGUCGAAAUACAAACCAACAGAGACACAAUGUACUGUUUUGACAACGAAUCAUUUAGGUUCCUAGCAGCAAUCAAGGGGGGGAUAACUUUUACAGAAGAAGAUGAAAAAAGUUUUGCAGAGAGCUGGAAAAGAUCAGUGGAUGAAUCUUUUAAACUCUUCACACAUCUUGCAUCGAGUAAGCCUCACAAAAUUAAAGAUACUUUAUCGUUAAACCAUGCUAGAAAGAUAGUGAUAGUACUUUCCAAACCUCUUGCGGAAAUAGGACAGCUCAUCCAAGUAAACAUUAGUCUGAUUAGAGAACAGCAAAACGAUAUCGAAAAUUUCAGCCAAUCCAUAGAGCAGCUUGAAGACAGGUUGUACAUCCCGCAGAUAGACCUUGAACCGGUACAGUUGGGAUAUCCCAGGACUGUAUGCACCAGCCAAGGUUGUGUUGAAGUCUUGACUAUUGAAGAAAAUAAUUCAUUAAAAAAAGUAAAUUACAAGACACACUGUCAUCCACGCUGUUAUUUAAGCAAUGUUGAAUGUGAUGUGGUAAAUAAUUCAGCAUUAAAAGGAUGUACUGCCAUGAAAAACGAAAUUUGCAAAAUUUGCGGUUGCAAAUGGGAUAAACAUAUGCAUAUUACGUACGAGAACAAGAAUGUGAUCAAACAUAUCGUUGACUUAAAU